CACGCAUCAUGUGAUCGACCAACAGUGCACUGCAGACACGAACAGACCAUUGACUGGAAAUAAAGGAUACUAAUGACCAAAUCAAACAUGCCCGCUGUGAUCCGGCGAUAUCAGCCGUCUGACCGGGAGACUGUGGAAACUGUUUUCCGGGAGGGAAUAAUGGAGCACAUCAGUCCUGCAUUCAUUUAUGCCAUGACCCGUCCGCUGCACAUCACUGUAAGCCUGUUCUUUUACAUCGGCGCGUAUGUGAUGGGUGGACAGUCUGUCGUUCUGGCCCUGGUGUCUGGAGGAGCCUGGAUCGGCCUCGUGUACUUCUGCUGCUUUGAGUUUUACACCGGCUACGUCCGAGCGAGACUGAACACGGACAUGCGGGACGUCCCGGGUUACUACCUCAGUAAUCCAGAUAACUGCUUCUGGGUUGCAGAGGCUGAGAUACACGGCCGGCCUCAGGUUUUGGGGAUGGUGGCUGUGGAAGGUAAAAGUGAAAAAGGAAAAAAGUAUGGAGAGCUUUACCGGAUGAUUGUUUCAUCCAGCUGUCGCCGUUCUGGUCUCGGUUUACAGCUGGCCAAAACAGCUGAAGACUUCUGUAGGGAACGCCAUUUCACAAAGAUCCAACUUUCCACCUCGUCUACACAGAAAGCAGCCGUGGCGUUGUACUUAAGGCUGGGUUUUAAACUGGUCCUGGUUCAUACUCAGUCUGAGUCUCCCAAGUGGAUGAUCUGGAUGACUAGAGCAACGAUUCUGACCAUGGAGAAGAACAUUUGAUCAUAAGCUUCUCAAAUCUUUUAUAGUUCUGACUGAUGUACUGUUUUUCUUUCGUAAUCAUAGCUCCAUGGUUAUCUUGCACUUUUAUAAAUGUAACAAAAAUUGAUUAAAGAUUUUUCACUUUUGA